AAUCAAAGAGGAAAUAACAACUUUCACGCGCAAUGCAAUAAUGCAAACCCAAAAGUCUCACAUGCAUCUACGUGUAUAAAUACAUGCAGAACCAGCUGCUGUUCUUCAUUACAAAAUUUCACACUGCUUAUCUAAUUAAUUAAAUAUAUAGCUUUCCUAGCUAGUUAAUUUGCAGGGAUUAUGGAAGGAUUACUAGGUAAGGCUACAGAGGCCAUGACCAAGGGGACUAAGAAACCAGAAGCCAAGAUUACUCAUGUGGGUCUGAAAGAUGUGAACCUUGAGUUUGUCACUUACAAUGCUAAAAUCUCAGUGACUAAUCCAUAUCCUACUCCUCUUCCCAUCUUUCAGAUCACUUAUGCUCUCAAAAGUGCUGACAGGGAGCUUGUUUCAGGAACUAGUCCGAACCCGGAGCCACUGAAGGCAAAUACCACGACUGAGCUAGAAUUCGAAAUGAAGGUAUCAUUUACCAUGUUAGUGAGUUUGGCCAGGGACAUUGGCGCAGAUUGGGACAUCGACUAUGAUUUGCAGAUCAAUGUUGUUGGGAAUGUACCAGCCAUGGGAGAUGUUACCAUUCCAAUCUCCAACAAGGGCCAGAUGAAGCUCCCCACUUUGAAAGAUCUAUCAGCUUUGGCUAAUCUCACUACAAAUCUGAGUGUGACCGUUUAAGCGUAUAAUGAAGGAUGAAUCAGAACUCAGUACUUCUGGUGGAGAAGUUAAAUAAUUUGUGUACUACUACUGAAUAUAAUUAUUGUAUCCCUCCGGGGACUGUGUGUAUUUGUGUCCUACACUCCUACAAGCCUCGGCUCUACAUAUAUAGUCGAUCGGCUGCCAUGUCAAUAUUGAACAUCUCUCCUGGAACUAUAUAUAAUGAAUAAUGGGCACUUUAUUGUUAUUGUA